AUGCGUCAGGAAAAGGCGAGUGGUGCAAAUGCCGGAGCUCUGGCCGCCAAAGGUACCUUGUGCCCUGAUUCAUUCCUGAGGUUCGAAUCCUUCCAGGUUCUCCAUCGUCUCCAUCUGGAAGUGGCAGGUGCAGGUGUGGACCCCGACCCUUGGGUCACUGCUUCGCCGUUGGUUGAUACUCGACGUGCAGCUGGUCUUAGCGAGGAAUCGCGAUCGGCCGCAGGCAGGUGCAACUCUCAUUGCGCGCAUUGGAAGCAGCAGCGUGCCAGAGACACGGAAGGAAGAGGCGAUGAGCGGCUUCCCGUUGCUGCUGCCUCGUGCUGUGUCGUGCACCGCCCCGGUGUCGUUCCUAUUUCCAGAUCUCAAUUGCAUCUAACUCUCACUCUCACUCUCACUUACACACGUCGUGUAAUUCACUUCAGCCUCUCACUCCGGGAUCCUGAGCUGAGCCAUAUUAUUCAUUUCAGCUCACUUGUACCAAAGAGGGCUCCCCACCAUCGUGACGACGUCAUCCGACAUGCAUCACCCCUCGUCAACAUCCAGCACCAUCCACUCACCUUACCACUUCACCCCGAUGGCUCGCUUUCUCCUCCCUCACUUUUCGCGCUUUCCCCUCACUCUGCUCACUCCGCAGAGCAACCCGCGGCUGUCAUCCCAUAG